AUGUCUGACAAGGAAAAGGAGCUGUGUCCACGCUUGAUUGACUAUCUUGUUGUAGUUGGGAAACGGAACAGAAUCAGAAACACUGGCAAGGAGCACACGCACACAUCGAUUACAUAUCCAGAAAUACUCAGAAGGUAUCCAACAGAUGAUCACGCUGAUUUUUCACUACCAACUGAUGUUACGGUGUUUUGUCAGCCUGAGGGAUGUCUAACACUAGGCACUCACGCAGGAUCCGGCCAGGGCCGUGAUCCCCAAUUUUUCGUUUUCAUGCUAACAGAAAAGGACUCUGCAAAAGUGCGAUAUGGUGUAUGCCUCAAUUUUUUUCAACGCUUAGAGAAGAGAUUAACCAACGCAUGUAGAUCAAGUGGGACUGCAGUGCUCUCCGAGAAAACCAGAGAACGUAGUUUAUCGUUGACGAGCCUAUGUUUAAUCUCGCAUCAUCCCUUUGUUUCAACCUUCCAUGACUUACUGGUUUUACUCAAACAAAUCAUCGAUGGCUGCAAUUAUAGAGCGGCGCAAAGGAAUGCCAACAAGAAUCUUGUAUGGUCAGUACUAAGUGGUCGCUGGCAUAAUACAAUUCCUUCCGAAGCAAUGCAAGAGAUUAAGGAAAUCGAAACUUGGAUUCUUAUGCUUCUCAGUUCACCUGUGCCUGUGCCGGGCAAGACCAAAGUGGAGUUAGAAGUGAUGCCUCCAGAAGUGUCUCCUGUCUUCGAAUUCGCAUUACCCGAUCACACCCGAUUCUGUCUUGUGGAUUUUCCCCUUCACUUGCCUUUUGAGUUGCUCGGAGUCGAUACAGCAAUCCUUGACAGUUCUUCUAGCAUCGAUGACUUGGUGUUUGACGAUCCAGGAGAAGGUUCUGAGCGUGACAUCGUCAUCAAACCUCUAGCCCAGGUGAAUGAUGUGUACAAGGAACCACUAACCUUGGAACUUCCAAAUAGCGAGAGCGUAACUUCUGUUGAGAGUUCCUUCAGCAGCGGCAGGUCAAGUCCAACAUCAUCAGUGUCAGCUUCUGCUGUUGAUAGUGAGGCCGACUUCGCGAAACUUGCCGAAAACCUUGCUUUGCAAUCGGAUUCCAAGGGCGAUUUUUCAUUUGUACACGAAGAACGGAAUGGUAUUGAGAAGACCCCUGUGUUCCAGAAACAUUGGCAGGGUGCUUCUAACGUGAGCACUCCAACAUCCUACAAAACAGCUCCGCUCAAAGGAACGCGAGUUCAAGGAAUAUCAUCAACAAGCGACUCUGGUGAGAAGGCUCUUAGACCUGCAUUUAUGAAUACCAUAAAUGGAUAUGCUGAAAGGAGUCAAGGAAUUUUCAGUCAACAAUUCAUUGAUCUGGCAAAUAUCAAAAAAUGCAAUACGUUUGGUGGCAACGUCUUUCUUCUGGAGGAAUUUGAUCGUAAGCGAAAUGAGCUUGUGCAACGACGGUACUACUCUCAAAUGGCUGACCAAAUUUGUUACGCAGUGCUAUGUGUAUUCAGCUUCGCCGCGGCUGGUCAUAAGAAAACAAAUUGA